ACGAGAGGGAAACACAUCUCAUUGGCUCCCGAUGCUCCAUUUAAAGGAAUCCAACGAACCGGCAUGCUGUUACUCUCAUCAGCAUCUCUUCAGAGGAACUUUAAACGUGAAGCGCUCGUAAAUGUUUGAAGAUCCGCAGCGAUGUCUCUGAGACACUUCUGUGAGACAAUAUCAUCAAUGAUAGACGAUUGAGAUUUGAGAGCUGCAGACGCAACCGGCGAUAUUUCCACUGCGUGAGGGAUCUCUAGAAGAUCUCUGAAGGGUCACUUGGGGACUUUAUUCCAGAUCCGAAGGAUGGAGACGAACGACUAAGACUUUAAUUGAUCUGUUUAUGUGUAAAUCUCAUAUUACUCGAGUCGCUGAACCGCGCAAGAUGAAGCGUGCCUGAUAUGGAGAGUUCAAACUUUAGCACCAUGGAUUCAGGAGGACUUUCGACAUGUUUUAGGGGUCGUUUAUCAUCUGGAAGGUGAUUAAAGUUGAAUCUGUGAUUCUGUGGUCUGUAAACGACUGCGGUUUCUUGUCAAUCUAUCGCAGAUCUCGUCGGCUCUUAUGGGAAUGAAACACUCGUCUCGAUGUUUGCUACUCAGGAGAAAAAUGGCUGAUACGGGGAACACUGAGCAAGAGCUCCUGAGUGCUGCCCCGUCCCACUCAGUCCAGCCAUCCCCCCUGCCCAAACCAGUGUCAUUGGUCCAUCAUGCCCAGCAGCCCACACAUUCAUCACACACCCCUCACUCAGCCACGUUACCCAGCUGCCCUGGCAGAGGAAAGAUGUCCAAGUUCCUCAAUCCAGACGAGAUGACCUCCAGGGAUUAUUACUUUGACUCAUAUGCACAUUUUGGAAUUCAUGAGGAGAUGUUAAAGGACGAAGUGCGAACACUGACAUACAGAAACUCCAUGUAUCACAACAAACACAUCUUCAAAGACAAGAUCGUGCUGGACGUGGGCAGUGGAACUGGCAUCCUCUCUAUGUUUGCUGCCAAGGCCGGAGCCAAGCACGUGUACGGGAUUGAAUGCUCCAGCAUAUCAGAAUACUCUGAGAAAAUCAUCAAGUCCAAUCACCUGGACAGUGUUAUAACAAUCUUUAAGGGGAAAGUGGAGGAGACGGAGCUGCCCGUAGAUCAGGUGGACAUCAUCAUCUCUGAGUGGAUGGGCUACUGUCUUUUCUAUGAGUCCAUGCUCAACACUGUCAUCUACGCCAGAGAUAAGUGGCUGAAACCUGGAGGUCUAAUGUUCCCAGACCGGGCAGCUCUCUAUGUGGUGGCCAUUGAAGACCGGCAGUACAAGGACUUCAAGAUUCACUGGUGGGAGAACGUGUAUGGCUUUGACAUGACGUGUAUCCGGAACGUCGCCAUGAAAGAACCACUGGUGGAUAUUGUGGACCCAAAGCAAGUGGUGUCCAACGCCUGUCUGAUCAAGGAAGUGGACAUCUACACAGUGAAGCCAGAGGAACUGUCCUUCACCUCCUCAUUCUGUUUACAGAUCCAGAGGAAUGAUUAUGUUCAUGCUCUGGUCACCUACUUCAACAUCGAGUUCACUAAGUGUCAUAAAAAGGCCGGCUUCUCCACAGCUCCAGAUGCUCCAUUCACACACUGGAAGCAGACAGUGUUUUAUCUGGAGGAGUAUCUGACUGUGAAGAGAGGAGAGGAGAUCAUGGGCACCUUCACCAUGAAGCCCAAUGAGAAGAACACACGUGAUCUGGACUUUACCUUUGAGCUGGAUUUUAAAGGUCAGCUGUGUGAGACGGCAAUUGCUCACGACUAUAAGAUGCGUUAAGCGUCCAGCAGAGAGCGAGAGACAUCGCUCAGUGAAGCAGAAACAGGAGUCACUCCAGAUCGAAGCUUCAGCAUUGCUGGAAAGACACACACAUGAAGAGAAAGACCAGGUCAGAAGAUGUUUGUGGAGUGGGGCGACACUUCUAGCAACAGGAGCCUUGCCUUCACUAACUAAAGUCUGCACUAGUUUGCCAACUAUCUUACGACUGUUCAAGGGCCGAAUAUGACUAUAAGCCUCCGCAAACUGAAGAAUGUCAUUGUCUUAGAAAUGUUAAGUGUUAAUUUACUGUUUCUUUGCUUUUAUUAUAUCUGGAGUGUAGGUGUGAGAUGUUUGGAUUGAUGAAGGUUGUGCCUCUAUAUAUAUAUAUACUGAGAAUGUUUCAAUGUAACAUUUUAACUUUAUAUCAAAAGAAUAACUCAACUAAGGAGCUCAGAAUACAUUUCAGCUGACUUACAAAGAAGAAGAAGUGAUCUUGAAAACUAAAGAUGAACGUUUCACAAAAUCAGGUAAUUCUCAGGAAAUGGCACCAUUUGUGCUGGGUUAGUGGUUUCACUUAGUUUUGGAGUGUCGUGUAAAUUAUAAAUGAUUAUACAUAAAAUAUUAAAAAGAUUAUAUUCUAUAAUACAUUCUAAUUAUUUUGGGUUGAAUGUUACAGGGUUCGAGAUCAGUGCAAAAGUGUCUAAUAACAACCUUAGCUAACAAAUACACUGCAACAAAACAGCCAGUAGUGUCGUAACCCUAACCCUAUUUUUACAUUUUAAAAGAACUAGGAUUUUUCAAAUACUCAAAUCGUAUUAAUUAUGUCUGCAGUAAGUCAUAUAAUGGCACCGUUUCCUGAGAAUUACCCAUCUAUCAUUAAAUCAAGAUUGGGGCGUCAAUAACAGCUCUGAACCAAUGAUGUUUUCAGCCCCUAAUUUCCAUGAAAAACAGACAAAAAUGAAUAUCAGGAGCUAAUAAUGAAAAAAAAAAAAAAUUACAUUUUGUCUCGAUUCAGAAGCAAAAGACAGUUAUUGCAAUACAGUGAUGUGGUGUAAAUGUGAAUAAUGUCGUGGGCAUAUGUGAUUUUUUUUGGUAGCUUUAUGAGACUGUAAUAUGUACAGUAGUGUUGGUGUAAUUCUACAUGUGUGAUAUAGACAUUUCCACUUGCAUUUGCUAAUAGAGAGAAACAGCAUGUCAUAUCACAAAAACAGAUGGCAUGUAGAACUGUGUGUCUGUCUGUGGUGAGAUGAUUUGGACGCCUGCAGCUCUUCACCUGUGCUCUUAAUCCAGUCUUGCCAAGGCGAUGGAUCUGUCCCGGUCCAUCUGAGACCUCACGUCACAGCUGAUUAUACUGUUCAAGUCCUCACCAGGGGUGUCGCUAGACCCCUUUUACUGGGGCACAAGCUCUAGUAAAGUUCUGCUGUUGGUUUACUAUUCAGAACAAGAGACUAACUGAAGUGAAAAAAAAAUAUAUAUAUAUAUUUCUCAUCCAAUAAAAUACCCCACCACACACCCCAUAACAGAUCCUCAUAUGCAGAGAUUAGAAUUAAUGUUACUAAUUGACUUUUAGCUGAAAAACACACUGAAAAGUUGAAAAAGACUGAAGAGUAUUUACUAUGCCAACUGGGCCCCUCUAGAAAAAAGGGGACACUAUGAAUUCUUGGGGGGCCUGUGCCUCAGUGGUGAAGUCUACAAACGCUCCUGGUCCUCACCAAAGACAUUCAGUUCAUUAGCAACACUGUCUAUUGUGCAUUAUUAGUUUGUACUGUAGGACUUUAUCUAGUAUAUAUACAGGACCUGAUUCAUUAGUGGAAUAUUAAGAAGUACAACAUUGACUUUAUCCUCUCUGUGCAAAGAAAGUUUUCCACAUCCAAUAAUGUAUUUCCAAAACAAAAUCUGUUAUUGAAAUUUGAGAUUUACAUGUUAAAAAAAGUAGUUUUUUUCCCCCUGAUUAUUAUUAAUAUUCCCGAUUAUUGUCCCUGAUUUGAGCAUCUGUUAAAAUAAUAGUAAAUACAAUAGCUUAAAGCUAAAGUAUGUACUUUCUGUGCCACCAAACGGAAUUGCAAAAUUAAACUUUGUUUUCAAAACAGCUAUUUGAAUACGCCCCCCAUCUGACGUUGGUCCAACAAAGAGAUAGCCCCGCCCCCAACUCCAACCCUAAACCAUUGGUUGAGUAACGUUUGGGCGGCUCUCUCAAAACAGCAAUUUUCAUGGCGCCACAGAAAGACAAUGUUUACAGUUUUUGAGAAAAUUAACCUAUGAAUGAAUGACUUAUAGUUGUCUCUGCAUGUUAAACUAGGACAGAAAUAACACGUCAGACUAGGAAGAAAAUAUUUUAACACAAAAAAGUGACACACUUCAGCUUUAAAAUGUAUUAGCCUAUAUUAAAACCAAGUCAAAUGUUUAUGUAUGAUAGCAUGUCUUAGUGAAGAGGUCUAUGGCUGUUUAUAGAACAUGAGGACAUGUUGCUGAAUGGAAGAUAUGAAACAUGGAUGUGAUUAUGGGUAAAUAAAAGAGUUUAAAACUCACUUCUACAGAAUUGGUUCUGUCAGAUUGGAGGUAAAGCAGAGAAAUCAGUAAUUUGUACUUCAAUAUGCUGUAACUCAUUGAGCCGGUUUGUGAACUUCCACUCAUUUGAUGUGUUUUAAAUGGAAUAUAUUUACCUGCUGCACGGCAGUGUUGGUGUUUGAA